ACCUACCCAGUAGCAAUAUGGCAGCGCCCAGGUGUAGUCGCUGCGCUUGGCUACUUCUUGUAUUUAUUUAUUCGUUAUCCGUGGUGGUAAUAAGUGAAGAACCUGCGCCGGGUAAUGAGCAGCAUGCCGGAGUGGUUGAUAAUCCGCAAACAGCGGCGGAAACCGUGAAAGAGCCGACAGAGGAGAGGCGGUGGGAAGCAACCCAGGCGGACGGAACAGUUCCCGGUGAUGCUGCCGCGAACAAACAGGACUCACCUGUCCCCGAUUCGGUCCUGACAGCAGCACCGCCGCUCAAAGACGAGUUUCAGGAGGAGCUGGUCAUCAGGCCGCUGCACUCGGGAGAUAUUUAUGCAAGCUUCCAGUUUCGCACCGUGUGGGAGACUGACUUCACCGGAGGAAGAAAAGUGUCCCACUACAGGCUGUUCCCUAAAUCUCUGGGUCAGGUCAUCUCCAAGUUCUCAGUGCGAGAGCUGCACAUCUCCUUCACACAGGGCUACUGGAGGACCAUGCAGUGGGGACACCCCUACCAUCCCUCCCCUCCAGGAGCUGAACUCUGGGUCUGGUUUCAGGACACUGUGACAGAUGUGGAUGCCACAUGGAAGGAGCUGACAAACGUGUUGUCAGGCAUCUUCUGUGCUUCACUGAACUUCAUUGAUUCCACCAACACUGUUCAGCCCAGCGCCUCCUUCAAACCCCUGGGAAUUGCCAAUGGUACAGACCACCGCUUCCUUCGCUACGCCACCCUCCCACGAGAAAUCGUCUGCACUGAAAACUUGACUCCUUGGAAAAAACUGUUGCCGUGUGGAUCCAAGGCAGGUCUGGCUGUGCUGUUGAAGUCGGAGAAACUCUUCCACAGCAGUUUUCAUUCCCAGGCUGUGCACAUACGGCCAGUGUGUCAGGACGAGCCGUGCAAAACUGCGUCCUUGGAGCUGAGGCAGACGCUGAAUGUGGUGUUUGACCUUCACACCUCUGGACAGGGCAAACGAGAGUGGUCUUUGUUUAAGAUGUUCUCUCGGACCCUCACCGAAGCCUGCCCGCUGGCCUCCUCCAGUAAAAUAUUCAUCGACGUCACAGACAACCCUCAGGAGGACCAGUUUGAGCUCAGUCCAGCUACUCAUCUGCUGAGCCAGGCGGUGGUGUUGGGGGACAGACGGACCUUUUCCGUCUACGAUCUGACCCAACAAGUCACCUUUGGGACUGUGCGCUCCCUUAAUGUGCUGAUUCGCUGGAAAUCCACAGAGGGCGACAUGCUUCGGCCCUUGCUCCAUGCCGAACGUUACGUUGCUGGGUACGGGCUGCAGACCGGAGAGAUCCACACCUUAAUGUACAACAACCAUCCCUUCAGAUCUUUUCCUGUGCUGCUGCUGGACUCUGUGCCCUGGUAUCUGCGUCUCUAUGUUCACACGCUGACCGUCACCAGCAAGGGAAAGGACAACAAGCCCAGUUACAUCCACUACCAGCCGUCCAAAGAUCGGAUUCGGCCCCACCUGCUGGAGAUGCUGGUCCAGCUGCCGCCACACUCCGUCACUGAGGUAACAGUGCAGUUUGAGAGGGCUCUGCUCAAAUGGACCGAGUACACGCCCGAUCCCAACCACGGCUUCUACAUCGGGUCUUCAGUUGUCAGUGCUCUUGUGCCAAGUACUGUCGCCAUGAACACAAACAUCACGAAGGAGCAACCCCUAUUCAGCACUUUUUUCCCCACCAAAGAAGAGUCCAGCUACUUCAUACGCGUCUACACAGAGCCUCUGCUGGUGAACCUGCCAACUCCAGACUUCAGCAUGCCUUACAAUGUUAUCUGUUUAACGUGCACCGUGGUGGCCGUGGGAUACGGCUCCCUGUACAACCUGCUGACCCGAAGCUUCCAGGUAGAAGAACCCAACCCAGGACUGGCCAAGCGAAUAGCCAACGUUAUCCGCAAGAUAAGGGGCGUGCCGCCUCUGUGAGGCAGCACCUUAGGAUCCAUUAGGUUGUUACAGAAGUGGGUCCUUCUGUAACAGAAUAGAAAAUAAACCCAAAGGCGUUAAUGUUCAGGGAAGAACUGAGUCAAGCACUAGUAUGCAUAUACAUAAAAAGGGCAACUUGAAGUUUUUGUUUGUUUGUUUUUUAAAUUUAAGUAAGUGGGAAAUGUACUAGUUAACUAUAAAAAUGUUUUGUUUUUUUUCUCUUUGAAACAAGAACAUUUAUAUAUUAUAUUGCCAUACGGUUCCUGUUAAUAAGCUUCUGAAUUCCUUAAAAACAAUUUUUACUGUUGAACUUUUGCUGUGUUUCUGACCUGCUAUUUUAUAUCUCCAUGCCAGGAGAGAUAAGAUAAAAUGUAAGUCACAGUAACUUUUGUCAGAGUGACAUUUUCUUUUUUCAUUUGUGUAACUCUCGGAUUUGGUUUUCCAUUGCUGAACUUCUCACUUCUAAUCACCAUUAAGAAGCUUUUUAAAAACAA